CUAACAGUCAGGUGAAAUUGAUGGCAGCUGUGGGAUAAUUCUGCUAUCUCUUUCAGCCCUUUGUCGGACCUACGACCCUGUUCGCAUUGGGUUUACAGUAGCAGGUUGGCAUUUAUUGUCAUGAAUCUUGACCUGGAGAAAGCUCUGCAGGGGGUAAUUUGAGGAACGUUCCAACAGUGAUAUGUUCCAAAAACUUCGUGAAGUACAAAGUUGCCAACAAAAAACGCAUACAAAGUAGCCUGAUCAAUUCACCUAGCUAACUAGCUGCUGAAUAGGCAUCAACUCACCACGUAGCUUAUUCUUAACGUUUAUCCAUAGGCUACCAGAGUGAGGACAGACAAUUUUUGGAAUAAACGUGGUGAGUGAAAAACUUCAUGAAGUAGUCCACUCCCUACCCGGUAUCUUAUUCUGCCGCUAUACAACUUUGUAUGCGUUGUUUGUUGGCAACCUUGUUAUUUACGAGGUUUUUGGAAAAGAUUCCAGUUGGAAUGUAACACAAAUUAUACCCACCCUCUGCACGGUGGGUUACGGCACUGGAGGUAGUGUUGUAUGCUUUACCUGUAAUCACAUGGUGGUCCUGAUAAACUCCAGCUGAGUUUUGUAACAGUAACUAACUUUGCAGAUAACCAUACGCCGAGUCCGAUUGUAACUAAGGCAGUGUAAACAGAUAACCUUCGGUGCAACUUACAUAUGCAUUUGUCAAUACCUAAGUAAAUUGCCAAAAGAGUCCAGACAGACUAAAGACAGCUAACUAACUUUCAAGGAUGUCAAUAUCAUAUCAAGCGUCCAUUGUGUAGACCAACAAUGGGAUGCUUCUUUAAGUUAGCCACCCCAGUCAUAGACUGUUCUCUCUACUACCGCAUGGCAAGCGGUACUGGAGUGCCAAGUCUAGAACAAAAAGGCUUCUCAACAGUUUUUACCCCCAAGCCAUAAGACUUCUGAACAGUGAGAAUGUCAGCCCCAAAGCUGUUGAUUCUAUAUGGGAGCCAGACGGGCACUGCCCAGGACACGGCCGAGCGGAUUGGACGCCAGGCGCAAAGGAGGCGAAUGCAAGUCAAAGCGGAGGCUCUUGACAGUUACAAUGUGGCUAACCUCAUCUCUGAGUCCCUGGUUGUAUUUGUGUGUUCCACCACUGGCCAAGGAGAUCCACCAGACAACAUGAAGAAUUUCUGGCGGUUCGUGUUUAGGAAGUCUCUGCCCGCUGGAUCUCUGUGUCGCCUAGACUGUGCCGUGCUGGGCUUGGGUGAUUCCUCCUAUCCCAAGUUCAACUUUGUGGCGAAGAAGCUUCAAAAGCGCCUUAUGCAGCUGGGGGCCAGUGUGCUGCUGCCUGUGGGACUGGCAGAUGACCAGCACGACCUGGGUGCAGAUGGGGUGAUUGACCCCUGGCUCAUGUCAUUCUGGGAGAGGGCGCAAGCUCUAUAUCCAACACCUGCUGGCCAGAGUCUUAUCAGGGAGGAUGAACCACUCCCUCCGAGGUACGUUUUCAGAUUUCUGGAUGACGUCACUGAGAAUAGGGCAGAUAGGCUAAGAGUGCCAGAGCUGCCGAUCUCGCCCUCUCAGACACACACAUUUCCAGGCAGGGUGGUAUCCAGUAAAAGGGUUACGCACGCAUCCCACUUUCAGGAUGUUCGACACAUUGAGUUUGACAUCACAGGCUCAGAUAUUGAGUUCACUGCUGGGGACGUGGUGAUGAUGAGACCUUGUAACACCCCUGAGGAUGUGGAGCAGUUCUGUCAGCUCCUGAGACUGGACCCUGAUCGCCAGUUCACCCUCAGCCCCACAAACUGCGACACAGAUUCAGUCCCAGCCCGCCUGGCCCAGCCUUGCACGGUUCGGCAUCUGGUGGAGAGCUUCCUGGACAUAGCGGCAGUGCCUCGUCGCUCCUUCUUCGAGCUCCUCGCCACCUUUGCCACCAAUGAGCUGGAGCGGGAGAAGUUGUCUGAGUUUAACUCUGCCCAGGGCCAGGACGAGCUGCAUGCCUACUGCAACAGGCCGCGACGCACUGCCUUGGAGGUGUUGACCGACUUCCCCCACACGACAGCAGAGCUGAGUGUAGACUACCUACUGGACCUGUUCCCUGAGAUUCAGCCUCGCUCCUUCUCCAUUGCCUCCUCCCUGCUGACACAUCCCAACAGGAUCCAGAUACUGCUAGCUGUGGUGCACUACAAAACCAAGAUGCACCUGCCACGCAAGGGCCUGUGUUCCUCCUGGCUAGCCUCACUGGACCCCAAACAAGGGGAGGUUUAUGUGCCUUUGUGGGUAAAGAAGGGGAGUAUGAAGUUCCCUAAGGACCCCUACUCCCCUGUGAUCAUGGUUGGGCCUGGAACGGGAGUGGCUCCUUUCAGGUCUGCUUUGCAGGAGAGGAUAGCCCAGGGCAAGACUGCCAAUGUGCUGUUUUUUGGCUGCCGGUCCCAGUCUAAGGAUUUCUACUGCUGCUCAGAAUGGGAGGAGAUGGAGAAAGCAGGGCAGCUGACACUCUUCACAGCUUUCUCCAGGGAUCAGGAAGACAAGAUUUAUGUGCAACAGCGUGUGCAGGAGCAAGCUGAGCUGCUGUGGGAUCUGAUCGCCAAUAAGAAAGGCUACUUUUACAUCGCAGGCAACGCCAAACAGAUGCCGACGGCAGUGUGUGACGCCCUGAAGGAGGGCUUUCAGAGCCAAGGGGGCGUGUCCUCUGACGAGGCGGACGAGAUGCUGGUUGCCAUGGAGAGGGCAGGCCGAUUCCAGAGCGAGACCUGGUCCUGAUCACAUGGCUACAGCGGUGCUAUUCAAAUGCAGCAAGCUUUAUCAGUUUGACAUAUUGUUUGGGCAGUAUACUGCUCCAAGUGCUUUCAUUUGACAAUCAGUGGUGACUUCACUGCAGAGGAAUUCAAAUCAACACCAUACCACUUCUGUACCAAGGUUUAGGUACCGGUUUAGAAAAUAGGUGUCAAAUAUUACUAGAUAUACUACUGUACUACAAGCAGCACUGCAUAGUGCUAUUAAAUGUUUCCAAAGUG